GGGCUUCGAGCCGAAGAUGUACAACGUCCAUGCUGGGCUCAAUUGGCGCCACGCGUCUGGUCCUUGCCAGUCAGGCUUGUCGGACUCACUCGAAUUUACGCAAAUCCGGCUUUAGCAGUCCGUGUCCGAACUGAGCCCAAAUCCCGCGGUUCGAGUUGGCGAGAAAGACGACUUGAGCUACUUUGCGCGAUGCAUUCUCUUCCAGCCAGUCUGUAUGAGUACGUUGAUGGUGAAGAUGGUGUUGAAGUAGAGAAGGAGGAUGAAGAUGCGAGUAACAAAGAUGAUGAUGAUGAUAAUGAUGAUGAUGAAGAAGAAGAAGAAAAGGAUGACGACAUAAAGGAGACUAAGACGUGA